AAGAAAUCCUUUUUUCCUGUGUAUAAAAUAUGAAGCGAUAAAUUAUAUAACUUCACGCUUCGCAAUAAUAUUAUAUAUUAAAAAUAAUCGUCAAUAUAUGAGAUAUAAGACUUAAAAGUCAAUAAUUAAUUGUAAUAAAAAAAAAGUCUGGAAAAUGUUUGAUUCUGUAGGUCGCCCUAAAAUUUCCCACUGAAAAUUCAAUUAUUUAUGCGUCUUCAAGCUCGAAAAACGUUUUUAUUUUGUUUAUCAACAGAAACGAAAAUACCAGUCACAUUCUUUUGUCAAUCCAACUAAAAUAAUAUAGACUCCGAUACAAAUUUAAAAAAAUAAAUAAAUAAAAUUGUCUCGGUAAGGAUUUAAAAUUUUGCUCCCACUGCAAUGUUUCCAUUUCCAUCAUAAUAUUAUGAUUUGCGCAUGAGUAGAAUCUUUUAAAAAAUAUUAUAAAAUGGUGGGAGAAAAAUUAUAAGUUCAAAUUUAAAUGAUCAAUUGUCUUAGUGGACUACUUCAUUUAUUAGAAAAAUUUUUAACCUCGUUGUCAAUUUAAAAUUUUAAUGUGUUAAUGUGAUUAAAAAAAAAAAAAAGUCUUAACUAAUAAUGUCAAUAAUACAAAGAGUACUUUUUUCAAAAUUAAUAACAAAUAUUCCAAAACGUACUUAUAUUAAAAAUAAAAAUGAAUUUAAUGGAGAAAUUUAUUCAUCAAAAAGUGCAAAUGAUUGUGAUGGAGAAAUUAAAAAAUGGCCUACAGAAAAGAGGAUUAAAUUUAAUUUUCAUCCUGAAACAGAGACAGCAUUUAAUCAACAAAUCAAUACCGAAUUCAAAGCAUUUUACAAUUAUUUAUCUAUGGCGACAUAUUUUGGCCGAGCAGAUGUAGCAUUGCCAGGUUGUCAGUCUUAUUUUACUCAAAUGUAUGUCGAGGAAUAUGAACAUGCAAUACAAUUUUUAAAUUAUGUUAACAUGCGUGGAGGGUCAGUUAAUCUUUGCGGUAUUACACCUCCAUCUAAUCAAAACUGGAACUGUCCGCUCUAUGCGUUCAAAGAAGCUUUGCAGUUAGAAGUCGAUGUAUCAAAUAAACUAGCAGCUGCAAAUGAAAUUGCGGAAAAACAUAAAGACCUCAAUGCCAGUGAUUUUAUAAUCAGUGGUUUUAUGGAAAGUCAAAUGAAAAGUAUUAAUGAGUUUGAAAAAUUUACAACCAUUCUUUCUGGUAUUGGAGAUAAAACUCUUUCAAGAUUUAUAUUUGAUAAAGAUUUAUUAGAUAAUUAUGUACAACCACAAUUUAAUGUAUUGAAAAAUAAUAAUAAAGAAAAAUAAAUUUACGUAUAUAA